AUGCCGCUCGCGAGCAGCUCAGCCCCAAACGACGCGUUGGAGGCGCAGGAGAGCGAAGACGACGACGCAAAGAAGAAGAACAAGAAGAAGAACGCGGUGCACUUGGACGGGCAGUCCAAGAACAGGGCGUUAUCCAGCAUCAUCUUCAAAUACUCAGACAACAUGGCCGGCAAAGUCUUCGCCCAUGCGGAUUUUGCGUUUGAGCUGUCAAACAUGCUCAUGAACUUUGGGCUCUGGCACAUGAAGCACGCGUCCUGGCUCGAAGACUUUUCCGCACCAGAGGCUGAGCGGGAGGAUGUUGCCAAGUCCAUCUUCACCUCGCUCAAGACGGCCGCCGGCGUGUUCAAGUACCUGCUGGACAAACACCACGAGGCAUUGGAAUACCGCCCAAACACAGACUUUGACGAGCGCAUGCUGAAGGCAAGAUACGAGCAGUGCUUGGCGGAGGCACAAGAAGGGGUGCUUGAGCGGGCGCGGACGAUGGAGCACCGGCCGGCGCUGAUUGCCGGCAUUGCACACGACGAGUCGCGGCGAUAUGGGCUCGUUGCGGAUGACAUGCGAUCCAUGGAGGGAAACAGGGCCGCCCGACACCUUCACCUCUACUUCCAAUUCAAGGCUUCCUUCUACAAGGCUUACAUGUGGUAUUUCUACGGCAAGCACCUAAUGGACGAGGAGCAGGUUGGCCAGAGCGUUCGCUGCUUUCAGGACGCAAAGCAAGAGCUUGAGGAGAGCAUGCGCCUUGCAGAAGCGUACACGAAGGAGAAGAGUUUCAUGUCUGCCAAGACCUUCCCCACCACCCCGCCCAUCCAACACCCGCUCGUCAACACCCUCGUGAAGCUGAUCAAGGCGGACGAGAGCAAGGCUGAGCGGGAAAACGGACUCAUCUUCCACCAGCUCGUCCCCAAGGCGCCAAUCGAACCCCCAGAGCCAAAGGAGUGCAUUCAGAUGAUUGAGCUGACACUGCCUGAGCCGAGCGACGUGUGGAAGACGCACACCUUCGAGUGGGACCGCAUUCCGCGGCUGGGGCAGGAUGAGAAGGCGGACAAGGCUGCCGGAGACGAUGCAAAGGUCAAGCACACGCCGUUUGACCCCGUCAAGCACAAGGGCUCGAGCGGUGCCCACAACAACGUUUGCACCAUUUCCUGAUCCACACACACACACACACACACACAGUUAUUUUCACCUUCACCCCCUUCCCUCCCCUUCCCUCCCCCCCCCUUUCACACAUGCACGAAAACACACAUGGUAGCCGCCUGAUCGCCACCACCAUUACCAAUACCACCAUUUACGUCGCGCAUGUCUCUCAUUUGCUGCUGCUGUUUGUCUGCUUCUUAUUCUUUGCCCUGCCGCUGUUGGUUCGGCGUGUGCUCUCCUCCUGUGUGUGCGUGUGGCGCGACCCCUGACGAUAAACGGAUCCAACACCA